AUGGCGCCCGCUAACUUACCCAAAUCCAUAGCGCACGGUCCAUCAGCGUUAGAAGUUCGCGCGUUCGCGCACGCGCGCGUCGUUUUUCCGUCACCGAGUCACCCGAGCCCUGGUGAACAUCACGCGUCGAGAGCGUGCGUGUACAACGCGCGCGCGAGCGAUGAAGAGACGUACGACGUGAUCAUAGCUUCGGGAUGCGAUGUUCUCGCGUGUGAGAUCAACUUGAGCGACUCGAACGUCGAUAGAGGUAAGGAAAACGCGCUGAGACCGACGGCGGUGAGCGAGACGGCGGCGCGACGGCGACGGCUGGAAUCGUCGUCGACAAAACGGGAGAUUCAAUCGAUUUCGUUGAGCGAGGACGCAAGAAAACUGUUGAUGGUGGAUAAUUACGGUGUCGUGGACGUGAUGACGCGCGAUGUGGGCGGGGGAGGGAAAUUCGGCGACGGCUCGCGGCUCGCGGCGGUGGGCGCGAACGACGUCGAGGGCGUCGGCGGAUGGUGCGGCGCCGUCACGGGAGGAGGCGAAGACGGUAAGAUAUACGUCGCAAAGAGUUCACAGCGUGUGGUGGAUUUGUACGACGGUGAUCGACGCGUGCGACGGAUUCGCACGUUAUUAGCGCCGUACGAUAUAGAGCUCACCGCGGUUGGGAACGGAGGCAACGUCUUCGUCGUCGCUGAGGGACAUCAGCUCGCGGUGUACGACGAUCGAAUCGCCGAAAGGGGUGGGUGCGCAAAUAGAAUAUCAUUAGGGUAUAAUAAGCCGCUGUACGCGGUGUCGACGUCUCGAACGCCGGGAUUGGAAUCCGUCAUCGCGUGUGGCGGAGCGGAGCGCGUCGUGCACGUCCUCGACAUCCGCAAAUGGGGCGCCAUGGAACGCUGGAGAAACGCCGCCAAGUUCGACAUCACCCAGCUCGAACUCAGCACAUCGAGCCCAGGAUUUGCGUACGUGGCCGGGUUAGAUUACGAGUGCAUGUGUGGCAGUUGGCGAACGCAAAAAUCCGACGGCGGAUUUUCCUUUCGAGCCGACACGCGUUGGAUGGGAUUGCACUCCUGCAAGACCGCGUGCGGCCGCGGCGACGUCCUCGCGGGCUGGGCCGAAAGUGGUCACGUUUAUGCCUUACGCACGCAACCCGCGAUCGAUUCGUUUCGUCACGCGUAG